CCGCUCAGCCGUUCCCUUCGAAUCGAGCACCGUGAAAAGUCAGGUUCCAUCCGAGAAUUACCCUUCUAUAAUCCCCUGUGCAGACCUGGGUGGGGGGAGAUUGCGUAUAUAAAGAAUUUGGGAACGCCGCUCAGCCGUUCCCUGUGGACCGAUCAUUAUUAAAGGGGAGGAGAGAGAUUCUCUUCACCUUUUCCAUCUCCUUCCUUGUCUCUCUCACUUUCUCUUUCGAUGUCCUUUUCAUCUUCGUCAAUCCCCCACGUAUAUGUAGUCGCACCAGCUGGUACUGUCAGUGGGGCAUUCGGUUUCCGGCACGUCUUUCCUUUUCGGGGACGCUCCAUAUUCACGGGGGGCUGUUAACAUUGUGAUCGCGUUUGGAUUUGCUCAGCUGGGUAUCAUCUCCCAAUCCUCGUCCUUCUUGUUCUUCCCGGGAUUUCGGGUCGUCAGCUUCAUUGCCAUAGACAUAGUGGGGGAGAGAAAGUUUGAGUCUUUUUUGGGAGGGUGAAUGAAGAUGAUGGGAUUCAAGGAGUUCUGGACGAAGAAGACACUUGUGGGGCUCGCGUUGGGGCAGUUCCUCUCUCUCCUCAUUACUUCCACGGGGUUCUCUUCCUCUGAACUAGCCAAAAAAGGGAUUAAUGCCCCGACUUCACAGUCUUUUCUAAACUAUUGCUUGCUGGCAAUUGUUUAUGGGAGUAUCGUCCUGUACCGCAAGCAACCUUUGAAGGCAAAAUGGUAUUAUUACAUAGCACUUGGAGUGGUAGAUGUAGAGGCCAAUUUUCUGGUGGUCAAGGCUUAUCAGUACACAUCUAUCACAAGCGUCAUGCUUCUAGAUUGUUGGGCAAUUCCGUCAGUCAUGCUCCUCACGUGGCUUUUCUUGAGCACAAAGUACCGAUAUAAGAAGAUCACAGGCGUGGUUAUCUGUGUUGCCGGUCUUGUUAUGGUUGUUUUCUCAGAUGUUCAUGCGGGUGAUAGAUCGGGUGGGAGCAAUCCUCGUAAAGGUGAUGCACUUGUCAUCGCUGGAGCGACACUUUAUGCUGUUAGUAACGUCAGUGAGGAAUAUCUUGUGAAGAAUGCUGACAGAGUUGAACUGAUGUCAAUGCUCGGAAUUUUUGGUGCCCUUAUCAGUGCGAUCCAAAUAAGCGUUCUUGAGCGUAAUGAGCUGAAAUCCAUUCAGUGGUCUGCUGGAGCAGCUCUUCCUUUUGUGGGGUUUUCGUUGGCUAUGUUCCUCUUCUACUCCUUUGUCCCAGUUCUGCUUAAGAUUAAUGGGUCCACAAUGCUUAACUUGUCGUUGCUGACCUCGGACAUGUGGGCUGUCCUUAUUCGCAUAUUUGCUUACCAUGAGAAGGUGGAUUGGAUGUACUUUGUAGCAUUUGCUGCUGUAUCCGUUGGGCUCGUCGUCUAUUCCAGUGGCGACAAAGACGACCAAAACCGUGCGGAUGUUGCUGAUGAAGAUGCUGAGAGGAGCAAGCACUUGGACGAGGAGGCAUGCUCAGGAAACCGGGACAGGAGCCUUAUCAGUGGAACUACAAAACCCGAACCAAGGACCAAGCACAACUUCGAAAGCAGCAACUCUUCAGCCGUGGUAGUAUGAGGAAAGAAUGACUUUCGCAUCAUGGAAAGGGCCAUACGAUCAUUUAUAUGUUUCUAUUCUAUGCGGACGAAGAGAUCAAAUCGAUCUCGCCGAUUGUCUUGAUCAUUUAAAAAGUUACGAGAUUUAUAUAGCAGCUCUUUUAAGGGGCCGUUACAGUACAAAUUGCAAUUGUAAAUGCAUCUUUUGCCAGGGGUGAGUCUUUACCUUCACUUUGCGUAA